UGGGGAUUUGCAACACCCCAGCCACGUUUUAGCGCGCGAUGAACAUGGCCUUCCAGAACUUCGUGCGAAAAACGCGGCUGGCGCAGAGCAUAAUCAAUUACUGUGUGAUUGUGUAUAUGGAUGAUAUCCUUGUGUUUUCAAGUUCCUAUGAGGGGCACGUGCAGCACAUUGAAUGGACCUUACACGCACUGAAGGACGCAGGAUUCAAAGUGGUUGUUGAGAAGUGUCAGUUUUUCCUCACUGAGAUCUCCUUCCUCGGCCACGUAGUAACGGACCAAGGAUUGCAGCCGGAGCCUCAGAAAGUGACAGUCGUGAAAGACGCGCCAGUACCGACGUCCGUAACACAAGUGCGUGCCUUUUUGGGUUUGGUAUCAUACUAUCGAAGGUUCAUCAAGGGGUUUGCAGCUAUCGCGGGGCCACUCACGAAUCUGUUGAAAAAGGAUCAGUCAUUGAUCUGGACUCCACAACGUGAUCGGGCGUUCCGAGAACUCAAGGCGGCCCUGAUUUCGGCUCCAGUCCUCAUAAGACCAGACGCAGAAAAGCCCUUUGUCCUCAUCAUCGAUUGGCAGCCCGAGGCGGUCUCGGCGAUCUUGGCCCAGGUAGGACCAGACGACCUCGAAUACGUGGUGGAAUACGCGUCCAAGUCAGUGUCAUCCUGUAAACGCAACUACUCUGGCCCGAGGGGGGAAUGCUAUGCGGCCUUGUGGGGGAUCAGUCACUUCCGAGCGUACUUAUAUGGCCGGAAGUUUACGUUGGUGACCGAUCACGAACCGCUGCUGGCACUGAAGAAGUCCAAGGAUUACUCGGGCAUGAUCGGGCGAUGGGCCAGGCCCACCACGUUGCAGAGUAUGGACUUCGACAUUCGUCAUCGGAAACACGAGAAACACGGCAAAGCGGACGGGCUGACACAACUCCACCGCCCCGACAAGCUGUGGCCGAAAGAAUUGACCACCGACGACACAUUGGUAGGGCUGUUGUGCGGUGAGAUCGCUAAGGGCGGACGAGCAACGGUCGCCGACGAGCUCCUCACAUUCCUGUCUCAGCUUAUCGACGACCUCCCGACAGACAUCAUCUCCUAUAAUCCGAGCGAUCUGACCCAGGCUGAACCUGUGACCUUGCAGAGGAAGUUGACGCCAACCGUAAUCUGGGCGAAUUGUACGGAGGAUUACGGGCAGUAUCUAAGUGAUCACGAUCCUAUGGUCUGGCUCUACCUGGACCUGGACGAACUUGCACCGGAUAACUCCGACUUUGACGAGUUUUGGAAGGCACAUCGAGAGAACGGAGAGCUGUCGUCGGACGACAACCCGGGUCGCAUAGCCAUCGUCGGGCUAUCGGAGGAAGAGGAGUCGAAAGCGCGGUCGACGUCAAAGGAAGAAGAAGAGGCGUUGGCACCUGAGCCCCAAGAGGCCCCACCAGCACGAGCGCUGCCUGCCGUUCGAGGAGCAUUCGCGCUGAAUCCCGCCGUUCCCUCAGACGCCCCCAGUCGACACGAUGGCGCAACAACCUCCCGUUGACAAUGCCGCUCUCGCUCACCAUCUCCCUCCAUUUUCGUCCCCUCCACGCUUCGUUCCCGUCCUC